GGUCGCCUGAGCUAGCCUCCUCUGCACAGGUGGCCAGAAAGGACUCAACUCUCCGCCUGGCCUAGAGGACUGAGAGGCAUGACUGGACGGAAUGGGCUUUCGGAUGCGCGCUCCAGGAGUAGAGCCCUGGCGCCAGGCUGUCCUCCCACCGGCUCUCGCCUUCGAAGCUUUGCCAUCAGUGACCUGCUGGGAUUGGAGGCAGACCUGCCAACUCCGGCGGAGCCUGGGCUAAGAUCCAACUGUGAAGUUCCAGCGGAGGCAACAGGGCCGGGGCCGGGAGUCGGGCCGGGACUCUGCGGCUCCUGCCCGACUCGCGGGGCUCUCCCGCUGGGCCUGGGCCUCCUCUGCGGCUUCGGAGCGCAGCCCCCGUCCGCAGCCGCCGCUCGCGCGCGCUGCCUGCUCCUCGCCGAUCUGCGGCUUCUGCCGCCUGCAGGACCCGAGCCUGCUGUCCCCCAGAGUCCCGUCCAUGCGCCGCCUGCGCUCGGCAGCCAGCAGCGCAGCGAGAGCGUCUCCACGUCGGAUGGGGACAGUCCAUCUGAAGAAAAGAGUGACCCGAAGAUGUCCCUUACCCUGGGCAAGAGGAAGAAGCGGAGGCACAGAACGGUUUUCACUGCCCAUCAACUCGAAGAACUGGAGAAGGCGUUUGGUGAGGCCCACUAUCCUGACGUGUACGCGCGGGAAAUGUUGGCUGCAAAAACAGAGCUCCCGGAGGACCGGAUACAGGUCUGGUUCCAGAACCGGAGAGCCAAGUGGCGUAAGCGAGAGAAGCGCUGGGGCGGCAGCAGUGUGAUGGCUGAGUAUGGGCUCUACGGAGCCAUGGUGCGCCACUGCAUCCCGCUGCCAGACUCCGUGCUCAACUCCGCAGAGAGCCUGCAGGGCUCCUGCGCACCCUGGCUUCUGGGGAUGCAUAGAAAGUCUACAGGGAUGAAGAAACCAGAAAGUGAAGGCGAGUUGGCGGGACUCUGGAAAUUUGACCAUCGCCAGAAAGGUGCUAAUAAGGAUCAGGAUGGACCUGAGAGGGGACCAGACCAAACGAGCCUGAACCCUGAGGGUAGCUUGGAAGAUGUGGCCAUUGACCUGUCCAGCUCUUCCAGGCAGGCGAUCAAGAAGAUGCCCUCAGGGUCGAGUACUCAGGGAAGUUCCCAAGCCCCAGGGCUGCAGGUUCGCCAGCCCCCACAGGUGGGAGCCUCGUGAGACUGAGAUUGCUCCCCCAAAACUUGGAAAUAUGCAUAUUUCUCACAAGUAUUUUUUUCAGGAGGCAGGUCCAAGGAGAACACCUUCAGUUUGAUUUUCUUCCUGAACUAUCUGGAUAAAAGGCAACACUACAAUGCUGACUGAAUAAUGACUUAGGGAAAGCUGCAUUUAAUUCUAGAGUGGAGAACAUUCAUACAAUCUCUCAAGCCAAUCAAUGUGGUCUAAAGUCUUGUUUUUCCUUUGUAGAAUUUAAACAUGGACGAUAUGAAGUUCAAAGAUAAUUUUAGGGGUAGGGUGUGAGGUAGCUUAGUUAACAGUAUACAAGAAGGCUUGGAUUCAUUACCCAGCACCACAUGGAUGUGGUUCAGUCAUUAAGAGGGCUCAUCUGACCUCCUCUUUUUAAGUUUGAAUAUUUGGCUUGGUUUUGUUGAAACAGGGUCUUGCUGUGCAGCUGUGGCUAGCCUCAUUUUCAGGAUCUCCUGUCUCAGCCUCUCUAGUACUGGGUUACAAGUGUAAAUAUAAUGGUUAUACAUUCCUAGGAGAAGCCUCAAGGCUUCAGAGGAAUGGAUGGAUGGAUGGAUGGAUGGAUGGAUGGAUGGAUGGAUGCUAUAUUACUGUUCCUUGAGCUGGGUCUAGGACAUCCCUGUCUUUGUGAUAGGAGUUACUUGAUAGGACUUGAAUAUUCGAUGUAUAAACAGCAAAGAAAGCCAUAUGCCCCUCUUCUGAAAUCACCUCGUGCCAUGUUUAAGCAAUUGUAAAUAUCUGGAGACUGUCUGAAGGUCAGACCCAACUUCUUGGUCUUUUUGAAUUUAUGUUUGAAAGCACUUUAGUGACUUGGAUUCAUGAAUGUUUUCUUUCCUGUAUUUCCUUUGCUAUUUAUUUAUUAUUUAAAAAUAAAUGUGUGGGGUGUGUGGCUCAAAGCUGCUUACUGGCCCCUCCACAGGCUCUCCCCUCAUGUCCCUUUUCAGUCUGGAAACAAGCAGAGCGAGUUGUCUUUCAGGCUGCAGAACUUAGCACAGGGUCUGUGUGGCGUCCUGUGGGGCAGUAGCCCUGGCUGAGCCAGCUUUUGGAGGUCUAAGUCUGGAGAAGGGUUGUCUGUUUUGGGCGUUUCCUCUGCGGAUUGUCUCAGGGACCCAUCUGGUUGGGCUGCCCCCUCCUCCACCCCAGUCUCUUUAGAUAAGAAAACGGGCAGUCUCUUCCUUUAGUCUAUUUUUAUACUAUGUUAGUUCCGUAGUGUUACACUCUAUAUUGGUGAAGGAUUCUCCCUGUGAGAUGAUGAUUAGACAUUGCUAAGUGAGAAGCCCUUGGGGGGGGAGGGGGGAGAUACAAGUAGAAAUAAAGAUGUUUAAAGCACACUGAAAAUGAAAUAAAUAAUAUUCAACGACUGGUUCUGAAUAAACAUAUGAACAAUGGACAAAGGUUUCUGAAAUA